UUUCCCUCCCCAGGACUCUUUAUAUUGACUUCCCGCUUUCCUUCUUGAACCAGGAAACAGUUAUCAGAUCGAGCGAGAGAAAGAGAGAAGAGUCAACUUCAAGUGCAGCGUCUCCUCCGGCGAUGCCAUGGGACAGAUCUUCGGCAAACUUCAAGGGAAGGAAUGGAGGCAAAAGCAAAUCAGGAAAAUUACCGACAAGAUUUUUUAUCGUGUAACAAACAACGUUGAAAGAGCUAACCUGACGUUUGAAGAUCUAUAUAUUGCCAUUUUGCUUGUGUACAAUGAUAUAAAUAAGCAUCUGCCUGGUCCAUAUUUUGAUCCACCCUCAAAAGACCAAGUCCGAAAUAUGAUAAAGGACUGCGAUGUCAACCUGGAUGGAGAAAUUGAUCGUGAAGAAUUUGUGAGGUUCAUGCAGCGGCUAACAUCGGACACAAUUAUAGUUGUCAGUCAGAGGUUGAUUGCCACAUUGGUCAUGGUACCUACCGUUGCAAUGGCGACAAAGAGAACUGCUGAGGGUGUCCCAGGAGUUGGUAGAGUGGGUCUUGUCGCCGAUAAUAGCAGCAGGAUAUAGUCACCGGCUGCACUGACUCAGCUGCUACCUGUGCUGUGCUCAGCUGUGGGAGCCUAAUCAAAGCCAACAUCGUAUAGAUGACUUGUAUCUUAUGAUGAUUAUGGAGGAAUUGCAGGUUGUGCGGAUGUUUUUAGGUGGAGUUGGGUACGCUUUCUUUUCUCGAUUUCAAUUAGUCCUGGAGAACAACAUUUAAAGAUGAGCUAGGUUGCUUAGCAACAUCUCAUCAUAUUCACUUUCUUGUAAAUAUGAAGUUAAGAAAGUGAAUUUGGUUUUGCUUGGAAUUUCUUCUUAAAUCGAUUUGGUAGUAUUCAGUU